AUGGAUUCUGGUCCAGAAGACCUGGAAGUCGCAUUGUUCCAGAAUAUCAGCGAGAAUAUCAGCGAGAUAUUGAUUGAUUGGUUCUUGAGAGCUGAAUAUGAAAAAAAUAUAUAUGAAAUCCACUUCGUAAUGGGUAUUUAUCCAACUAGGAAAGACAAAGAGAUCAAUAAGAAAAAAUACUUUGAUUACAAGAGUCUGAAAAAAGUGAGAUACAAUAGAAGUGCUGAAGAGUUGUGUUCAGCAGUUGAAGUGGUUGAUAUAUCUGGAAUGGAUUGGGCGCCUACAUACUGUCCGUCAAAUUUACCACUGGAAGUUUUAGAAUGGCAGAAACAAGAUCAAAUUGCAUACUGGAAGUCAAGGGCUAUCAGCUUAGAACUGGAAAAUAAAAUGUUGAGGCAGCACUUGAGAAAUGUAUAUGCCAAGACAAUAGAAGAUGAAUCUUCAAAUAAUCAUAUCAAUACAACAGUAGGAACUGAAGAGACUAUGGAAGAUGUAGGAAGUGUACCUACAAAGAAUAGUAAUCACAGAACUUGUAGUAAUGUGAAUCAUGAACAACAAGAAGUUCUUCCCAUUAUCCCAGAAAACAAAAAUAGGUUAGAAGAAAUGCAAAGAAUCUAUGGUGCAAGAGCCCAAAAAUUGAUGGGAAUGGAAACUGCCAUUCAGUUGAAUUAUGAAAGACAUUUAGAACAAUCAAAACCAGUGGUUUGGCCAAGUUUACCUCUGAAUUUGAAAUUUGAAUAA